GCGCCGCGUCGGCAGAUUAUCUAGUCGCAUUCUAAGCCCGGUGCUUGCACCGUGAAUUUCCCCCUCCCCUGCGUAGACAAACCCAACCAGUUCCCCUUUUGCUUUACAAUUCCGAUCUUUCAAACCUCGUCCUUCCUUCCAUCUGGCCGGCUCAGUCGGCCAUUGAACCAGUCGUAAUGGCUCAGUCGACCGAUCACCUCGUCGAUCAGAUCGCCCAGCUCAACGCCGCCCGAAACCUCGUCCUUGGCGAUGCUGCCUUCUACCCACAGAUCGUGAACGGUGUUCUUCCGCUAAUUGGCGCAAAUACACGCCUGGAGUUGCGACGAUGGGGAUCGGAGUUUCUGGCCGAGACGUUUGCCAGUCCCGCGUUGGCUUCGACUCAGAAGGAACAAUUGGCCCCGAACGUGCUGCAGACAUUACGAGAGAUACUGGAAUUGCCGGAAAAGGAUCCCAUGGUUUUGAAACAUAUAGUGCAGAAUGCGGCCAGUUUGUAUCCGCUGGUGUUUAGGCAUAUUAUCAAUCACCCCGCAGAGGCAACCGCCUGGGAGAACAUGACAGCCAUCAAACAGGACAUCCUGCGUCGAUGGGACUCCUUCCCUUUCCCCGUCAAGAUCUGCUGUAUCAAGUUCGUACAGCGAGUCGUCCACGUGCAGACGCAUGGCCCCAUCGCCGACCCUAGACGACCCGACCAGAAUGAGACCUCCUUGGCCAUUGUGCCCCGAAACCAUGCUAUCCUGUCUCUCCCAAACUUGGAAGCAGAGGCGUCCGGAUUGCUGGAUCGACUUUUGUCUGUCUUUCAAGAAGAAUCAAGUGAUCCCCUUCUCGUCAAUGCGACUUUGAACUGCCUGGCCGUCCUCAUUCGAACCCGACCAUCCGUGGGCAAUAAGAUCAUCAACGCGAUCAUGAACUUCUACCCUGCGAGACAAGUGCGCGCUCCCAUAACUCCCUCGGUCCGAGUUGGUGUCAAGUCGAUGGAACGGACUGCCAGAGCAGUGAUGAUCAAUAUACUCAAGAGGAACCCCAACCACCCCCUGGCGGGCAAGAUGCAGCAGUAUAUCGACCGAUUGAUGCAAUCGCGUAUUGAAGUCGCCGACGAAGCCUCGCGGAAGCGCGGUUUGCCUACCGAGCCAACGGACGGUCUAGACAACACUAAACGUGCGAAACUGGAUGCUGAAACGCCAGCCCUGAUUAAGGUUCCGCCGUUGCCACCAGGCCCGAUUAGCUAUUCACAGCUCUUUACGCUCACCGAAGACCGGGAGCUGUCGAACUUCGAUGUGAAGCAGUUGCCUACCGAUAUUGUACUCAAGAUUGUUGUUCCUCUCCUAGGUCGUGUCGACCAGUCGAUGAUGCAGCAGUCUAUCGAGGCGAUACGUAUGCGGUAUCAAACAAUUCAGAAGCAGCAGGCUGCACAGCCUCCGGCAGCCCCAGCGGAGGCAGAAGAUGACGACGACUACGAACCCGAGUACCAGCCCAUGGACAUUCCCGAACCGGCAGCCGAACAAGCGGAAGCCGUAUCCGCCGAAGUGGCCGACCUCCAACCGGACCUAGUAUCUCUAGGCCCUUUCGUUCUACCCCAGCCACCGCCUCUGACGGAAGAUGAGGCCGCAGACAUUGGUCGAAGUGCUGUUGGGAGAGUGUUUGGCAUGUUGACGUCCACCGGAGUUGCCCCUAACCAAGCCAAAGGGAAGAGUCAACAGCAACUAGGCUUUGCUCGCCUAGCUGGAAGCACCUUCGACCGUGAUGCUUGGGUGACCCUGCUCACUAGACUUGCCACUCGGGCCCCAGCUGGUCUGGAACCGGGAAGCGGAAAAGUCGAGAAGGGAAAGGCCCCAAUAUCGGACUCUAUCCGAGAGACCCUCUACCGAUAUAUCCUAGAGGACUUUCGCGGUCGCGUAAACAUUGGCAUCAUGUGGCUUAACGAGGAAUGGUACAACGACCGGAUGCAAAUGGAGUUUACUGCGCAGCAUCGGCGCGAGGAGGAUGAGGAGGUAACAGUCCCGUUACACUACGACCACUGGGUCCUGCGACUCCUGGACGGGUUCCUCCCGUACCUGGACUCUCGGGACACGAAGAUCUUCAUCCGCUUCCUCAGUGAGAUACCCGAGGUGACGAUCCCAAUCACAAAGCGAGUGGCCAGUCUGGCAAAGGAUCCAGAGCGCGUGAAUCUUUGCAUUCAAUCUCUACUGUACCUGAUAAUGUUCCGACCCCCCGCACGGGAGAUGUGUCUCAACGCCCUCGAGGACGUCUACGAUACCUACGAAGAAUCCCGUCCCUUGGCCGGUAAAUUACUCGCCAAAUGGCGUCCCAAGAAGACCGAAGAGCAGCAACAGCAACAACAAGAAGGGCAACAAACACCAUCCCAGACUCCUCAAUCUCAGCCUCAGCAGCAGCAGCAGCAAACCACCCUCGCAUCCCGCCCUAUCACAUCAUCAGAGUCCAACACUCCCCUCACCAACGGCACGGAUGAAUCCAACCCCACUCCCCCGCCGCCACAACAACAACAACCACAACCAGAUGCCACCCCAACCACCACCUGAGUAAGAAGAGGAAACGUCCGUAACCAAUACCAACACACCCCCUCGCAUCUAAAGAAAUACCUACCCUGUUAUGUAUCACUUUGUAACUUGCAACAGACACAAUCAAAGAAAGAGAAUACAUACAUACAUACAUACAUACAAGCAAAUCUAUCAAUACCUACCUCUGUGCCGGAUGUGAUUCCCCGCCCUUUCUGAUUGCGUCACUCGCAUAGACUAAAUAGCCAAUCAACUCAUUGUCUGCUAAAUCAUAACUGAUUCUCCUUCCAUGGUAGUAGUACUAUAGUACUACAGUAGUUAGUUAUCUUAUCUAGAUGUGGAGGGGGG